UGAUGAUUGGGCUAACUAAUGUCCAUCAACAAGCGGGUGAGCAAAACGCUCAUGAUGGUGAAUUCAAGCGAUGUGCUUCCUACAGCAUCGCAAACAAUGGAUUAAUUGCAGUCAUUUCGAUGCCUGAUCAUUCAAAAAUCGAUUUGCUAUUCUGGUAACUAUAUACGUUGGUGCAAAUAGACCGUUAGAUCCAUGCCACAUCUCGGGAAUAUAAUAGUUUAACGAGCGGGCAGGCUUCACCUCACGACAACACGGCUUACUUACCGGCUGAAAGCAUGGUGGUUCCAGGCAACCCCACUGCGAUCCAAAAGCCUGACUGUGGAUGCUCCAGUGGCCUCAUGGAAAGUUCAGAUCCUGGGUUCGAGGAAGAGCAGGACGUAGCAGGGGUGGAGUUGGAGGAGGUGCGCAAGCUACAGGAGCUUGUGCGUAGAUUGGAGGUUCAAAACCAGACCCUUCGCAACAGGGGAAGCAAACCCAUUCAUAACGGCAGCUACAACAAUCACUCGGCCAGCAGCAACAUCAAUGAGAGGCUCUCUUGUGAAGGCGUUAGCCACCCUGACCUCAGGUUGGACCACAGUGGCGAGCUGAGCAGCAGAGAGUUUGAGCUCUCUCCCCCACAGGACACCAGCAGCAGCUACAGCAGUGAGGACAUGUCCCCUCUCCCUGGGGCAAGCAGACUGGGGGAAGAAGAAGGGGCAGAAGGUUUUGGGGGUCCAUGUAUGGGAUUCCUGACCUUGCCCUGCAGCAAUGGACCAGAGCCAGCCCAGGGGCAACCCCAGACUCCAGAAAGCCCAUCUCAGGAGAGUUAUGAAUCAGAGACUCUCGCCGAGAGUGACUCUGGGGUUGACCAAACCGCCUUGGAUGAGUUGGAUGUCCUGGAUCUAGAAGAUGAGUGUGCAGAGGUGGACGAUGGAGACAGUUGGUUGUACGUGUCGCCUAAGAAGCACGUGGCCGAGCCGUGCCCAGAGUCCCCCUUGAAGUGGUGUCGUAGGGUGCUAGACCACCCGAGUCCCGAGACCGAGGUGGCAUGCAGGAGCCUGAUCAACCGCUUGGACCAGACCUCUCGAUGGAAGAAUAUGUACAGCAGCCCCAGCUCAACAGAGGCGGGCUCGUCAGGCUCCGGCCUGAUCUCCCCCGGGUACCACAAAUCGACUAACAAAUCCCUACUAACCUGUGGCAGCUCAGGCCUUGUGCGCGUGAACUCCGCUCUGAGCUCUCAGUCGUCCAUCGACAGUGAGCUCAGCACGUCAGACGACUCCAUCUCCAUGGGCUACAAGCUGCAGGAUCUGACCGACGUGCAGAUCAUGGCUCGGCUGCAGGAGGAGAGUCUGCGGCAGGACUACGCCACCAGCUCCACCUCCGUGUCCCGCCGGAGCUCCUCGGCGUCGCUGCAGUCCCUGCGGCGCGGCGGCACCUACAGCGACCAGGAGUUUGACAGCUACAGCCUGGAGGACGAGGAGGAAGCGUACUGCCCCGUCCCCCAGCCCCGCCAGCGGUUCAGCCCGUCUCCCUUGGGCUCCCCGCGGUGCCUGUCCCCCUCCACCUCCAACCACGGCCAGGAGCCCGGCAGCCGUCUCGGGGCGCCGCGCGCUCGGGCGCCCAGGCGCUCGCUUCAGGGCCCUAGCCCGGAGCUUCUCAAAUUUGCGAAGAGCGAGGAGGAGUUAAGACACAGCAUGCCCAAUCUGGCACCUCGCACAAGCCUACGUUCCCUGGAGGCGGUCAGAAACAGCCGCAGCAUGGAGGCUAACCUUCAGAGCUCUGGCAACCGCAUGUCCCGCCUAAACCACUCCCCCUCCACAGGUAUUGCAUGCAGUCGACUGCGUGCCAAUGGCCAGUCCCCUCUCUCAAUGCGCACUCCGGUCAAAGCCAUGAACCCUGUGGGCUCCAUGACGACCUCACGCCAGCCUACCAGAGGACUGCCAGUGAUCCAAGCUGCACCAGCCGGGAUGGGCAGGGUCCAGUCUCCGGGCCCGGCCAACGGUGGAGGCUAUGUACCCGGGAGACUGUCUGCUGGAACAGGACGGCCGGCGGCCAGCAGGGGGCAGACUGCACCAUCCACCAGAAGCAAGCUCGCACAACCUGGCAGGAGGUCUUUGGUUACGACUAGAAUGAUGGAUGACUCUUGGAAGGAUGGCUGCUACUGAUUUCUGUGCUGUUGCAAAAAAAAUUAAGAUAAGAAUUGAUGCAAAACCUCUUCGCCUCUCUUGUUCUGGUGCAUUCAGAAGUACUGUUAUCCCUGAAAAUCCACAAAGCUGAACCUGUAGAUAUGAAGCAUCUCUAGUCCUAGCAUGAACACCUAGCUCACGUCAAAACUAAACGAAGGUACAAACACAUAUGAAAACGUCCACAUGUUCUAGGGACCAAUCCAGAGCUUCCAGAAGAAACUGUGUUGUCGAUUUGAAUUAUUUUUCUAUGUGAAUUGGAAGAGACUGUUGUAAAAAAUGGUAAUGUACAUUAUCCUGUUAAUUUAAAUGAAGGUAUGAUUCAUAUGUCCUGGUUUUGAUCACUUGAAUUUCACUCGAUGAAGGCAAUAUGGUUUGUGGCAUGCAUGGUUAUACUCCACCCUCACAAAAAGUAGUGUGCAACCUUUGGAAUAUGAUGUAGUAGUUGAUAUAUCCUAUAAUUCAUGCCUUCUGUUGUGAUUAUCAGUACGUUUUUGCGCAGUUGUAUUUUAAAUAUUCGUUGUAAUGGUGAUUUUCUCUUUGACAUUGUAUUGCAACUGUUCUUAGACCACACUGCCCUUAUAAUCAUAAGAAACAUAUUGUUUUAAAAAAAAGAAACAUGUUUGUGCCAUGGUGCGUUUCAGCUGCAGCAUUCUAUUCCUUGUACUCUGAAGUACAAUUUGGUACAGCAUUUUUACUCAAUUACAUUUUACUCAAUAUCUGAAGAUGGAUCGAGAGUAUGGCACUGUAAUAAAGACACUGUUAAUGCACGAAAUCCAAGUGAUGUGAAGGGUUUUCACCCUCAGGAGGAGUGCCUGUUAUUAUUUGAAGCUGUUAGAAAAUAUUAAUAAAGUCAUGCCAGAACUCAU